ACUACACAAAAUGGCCUCGCUGAAGGCAGCUAUACAAAAUGGCCACCCGAAUAAGCCUCUCCAAAGGCAGCAUCUCCCCAAAAUGGCCUCCCUGGUGGUACUGGUUGUUGUUAUUGUGCUUACCUCUGUUUCUUGCUAGGGGAGUUGCCGCUGUCGCUGGCGGCCUGCACAAACCAGCCAGAGAUUGUGUGCUACCUGACAGAGAACAGGCACAAGGCGGCUGACCUACGGCGCCAGGAUUCACGGGGCCACACCGCCCUGCAUGCCCUGGUAGCCGUGGCCGACAACACACGUCCCAACACGCGCUUUGUUACACGCAUGUACGAUCGCCUCCUGGCCAAGUCUGCCCCCCUCUGCCCACAGCAGGGCGGCCUCGAGGCAGUCCUCAACAACGAGGGCCUCUCCCCGCUAAUGAUGGCUGCCAAGACCGGAAAAAUCGGGAUCUUCCAGCACAUCAUCCGUCGGGAGAUCCAGGAGGAAGGGGCGCGGCACCUCUCCAGGAAGUUCAAGGACUGGGCGUACGGUCCUGUCUACUCAUCGCUCUAUGACCUCUCCUCCAUCGACACCUGCGGGGAGGAAGUCUCUGUCCUUGAGAUCCUCGUCUACAACAGCAAUGUUGAGAACCGUCAUGAGAUGCUGGCGGUGGAGCCCAUCAACGAGCUCCUGCGGGACAAGUGGCGCAAGUUUGGGGCAGCUUCCUUCUAUAUCAGCGUCGUCUCCUAUCUCAGCGCCAUGGUCAUUUUUACCCUCAUCUCCUACUACCGCCCCAUGGAGGGAACCCCUCCGUAUCCUUAUGUCACCACCACGGAUUACCUUCGUUUGGCUGGAGAAAUCGUGACCCUUUUCACUGGUGUCCUCUUCUUCUUCACAAACGUGAGUGGACAAAGGGGACCUAUAAGGACAAGUAGAAUAGGAUCCUAAGGGUAAUCUAGACCAACUAGAGUUAGAAGGGGACCCCCAAGGGUCUAUCGGAACC